GGUACGAACUAGACAUCUCCUUGCGCUGCUUAAAAGAAAAUUUCAACCGGGCAGGCUUCUUUGAUACCCGUAGCCCUUUGUGAUCUGUCUCUUAACCCAUCUCCCCGCAUUGCUGCACCUCGCCUCCGACAUGUCAUCGACCAACCCCGCGGUAGCUCGUCCUGCCCGCCCUGUGAUGCAGCAGAGGUUCUCCAGCAGUUCCUUCAUCCAGGACCACCAACAAUACAAAGCUCCCGCUUCCAUCACCCCGACGAUUGGUAACGUACUCGAAAAUGCUACUGAGUCGAGUCCCUCGCCCAUUCCACGCGUCGCGAAUCCCAUCUCUCCGGAUCCCAAAAAAGUGACCGACAGUGGUAUCGUACACAGUAUCUUCCAACACCGGGAUGCGGUUCUUCCUCAAGGAACACCAAAGCUUGUUGCGACAAUAUUCUACAAGUCCUCCGAUCCAGUACAUCCACAUCUUCACCCCGACUCGUCUCCCCAUGCUCGCCUUGGGGAUAAACUUCCUCACCCCAUGGUACCUGUCGGUUCGGCGCCAACCAUUGACAUCGAGAAACUCCCACGCGAGCCCCCGGCACCCGAACCCGAACCUUUGGAUCACUUGUACGGCCCGUAUGUGUCACAGCUGUGCUUGACCAAUUUCCUUCAAAUCAUCGAAUCCCUCCCCAUCCCGCACCAGCGUAUGAACACCUCACACCGAUGCCUCGAUACGCAGGAGCAGCCCCGCGUCGUCGAAGUCACCUUUGCUCCUCCUCCGAACCCCGACUACCUUAGUUUUGAAGACCUCCGCAAGCAUGAAAGCAUAUGGCGAUUCGAGAGAGAGUGGAAUGUGGAGGUUGUCCUGCAGAGGGAGAGCGCCUUCCGCAGGCAUAAGCGCUUGGUUGUUUUCGAUAUGGACAGCACUCUAAUCCAGAACGAGGUGAUUGAUGAGAUAGCCAAGUUUAUUGGUGUUGAGAAGGAAGUUUCUGUUAGUAUUUCACAGUGCGCUGCUUGUUAGUCUCUGGAUCUGAUGUUUGCGACAGGAAAUCAC